UAUGACAUUAUUUUCAGUAAUCAUGUCAUCCACUGGAUUCCAGACAAACAAGAAGUCUUCAAGAAUAUGUUUUUAAGUCUAAAACGAGGAGGGAAAAUAGCCAUUCAGUACAAUGAUCGUUUUCUGUCGUUUGAAAUGAGCGCUUACAUGGUUCUCAAUCCUGAGAACGCGCCACGUUUUCUUGAAAAGUGUCAGUUCGAAGAAAGGGCCAAGAUAGAGGAAUACUGCUCCACCGCAGGAUUUCACAUUGUUACGAGUUAUGACACGUUUAUGCAGCUGGUUUUCGAAAGCAUUGAGAGUCUUCUAAAUUGGAUAUGGUCUUGCUCUCACGGUGUCUUUGAUCCUAGCUUGGUCACUAAAGAGCGUUUGCAAAGAUAUUAUCCGUACUCAAGCCGAGAUGGUAAACAACCUUUUGACUUCAGAGAAAUCAAAGAGGAAUCGAGUGUGUCUCGUCUGAUAGCUGUAAAGCAAGCAGGAGAGGAACCAUAAAAGUUUGCAUUCAUUCCGUGAUUCCUUGCGUAGAUUAACAUUUUUUAUCGUUUUGCACUAUUUCUUACAAUCAAUCUAUAAAUGAAUAUUACAUAAUAUUACCAACUUAACAAGAACACAGAAACAACAAAAUUAUAAUAAAUAGAAAGUAAAUGUGAGUAGUGACCAAAGUAGCCAAGGCUUUCAGGUUGGUCACCGCCACGUUAAGUUAACUAGCGUAGACAAUAAGCUUAUGUACCAAAAACAGUGCAAAGUGUAUUACGUAACUUACGUAUUAGAUGCCGUACUGAUGAUUAUAUAUAUAUAUAAAAGGACGUGUAGGAGGUAAUUAGGCUGAUCAAACAAAUUGUUUUUAAGAAACAGCUUGAUAUUCUAGGAGGUGCAGUUUGUAUUUCUUCUAGAAAUAGGAAUAGGAUUGUUUCUUUUAGUUCAAAUGGAAUGGCUUGCCAUAGUUUUGAUGCCAACGAAAGAAAAAGUAGCAGCACAGUAAUCAUUAUUUAUUUGUGGUCUGUAAAAGUUGAACCGUGUCGAAGGUCGUUCAGGGGCACUUUGCGAGCUUAUUUCGCAGAAUUACUAUCAGUUACCAGCUGAUGGUCAAAAAAUAGUAUUUUUAAACCAAAUUUUGAAAUUGCUGGCAAAUUUUUAUCUCUUCCUUCUCGGAGAAAUGUCUCAACUACUACUUCCCAGCAGAUCUUCUUGUAAAAGUUUGCCUGCUAUGGGUGAGACUUUCACCAGCUCGCAAGGGUACGGUUCACCGAUUCUGGCCAUGGGUUUCUCAGGCAGUAAGAAAUCAGGCAACAUCUGGGGAGAAGAUGUUUCAAGGGACAGAUCCGUUUUUGCAUGUCCCGAUCCACUGUUUAUUACCUUUUCCCAUGAUUUGCCAUGUCUUUUUUUAUAACCGAGAUGCAAAUAUUUCUCUUAUGGAGUGGCAUCCAACUCAAGUGUUCCAGUUCUUAAGACAAUUCUAACACCUUUAGGGAGUCUUUAUAGUCAAAUUUUGCC